GUAUUCUGCCUCUUGGUGUUCGAGAUGGCGGUCUUCAUGGGCCUCAUCAUCCCUCUUCCGUUCACCGUGAAGAGGAAGCUCUUCGCUUUCAUCUCGGAGAGUCCGAUAGUAGCGAAGUUACAAUAUGGGUUGAAGAUUACAUUCAUUUUCAUCCUCAUUCUCUUCAUCGAUAGCGUCAACCGCGUAUACCGUGUGCAGCUGGAGCUGGCCUCCUUUGGCAAAGAGGGAGGUUCCAUGGGAGCUGCUGCCCUCGGUACUGAUCGCAUGGAAGUCCAAGCCCGGAAGUUCUACUCGCAGCGCAACAUGUACCUUUGCGGAUUCACCCUCUUCUUGUCUCUUAUCCUCAACCGCACUUACACCAUGAUCUUGGACGUCCUCCGUCUUGAGGACAGAGUCAGACUUCUCGAGGGUGACAAGAAGGCCGGCGGAAAGGACUCUGCCCGUCUUGCGCAGGCCGGUGACGCCGGUGAGAUCGGAAGCCUGAAGCAAGAGCUUGAAGCCAAGAACCGCGACAUUGAGACCUUGAAGAAGCAGUGUGAGGGUCUUACCCGUGAAUACCACAAGCUGGGUGACCAGGUUUCUGGUGAAAAGGACGAGGCCCCCAAGAAGGACCUGUAAAUUCUUUCGGGACUGCGGCAAGAUAUACGAUUUGCGACUCGUUGGUCAGUCGGAACUAUGGACUCAUUACUUUUGGGGCUGAGCGGUUCAACAGGCCACUUGCAGGCCACCUGCAGGCUACCCUUCCUCUGCAUUUCGGUUAUCAUAUGAAUUCGGGUCUGAAUGGGUAGAAUGUGACAUCAACACACGGUGGUCGGAUGAGCCCGAUCUGCAUCCUUGGGGUGCAUUGAGGGUGUGAUUUGUGCUGGAGUAUUUUCUG